AUGGUACUAUUUGAGACUCUGGCGACUGACCCAUUCACGCAUAUUAGAACAUUAGGGCCGGAAAAUUCGAGCGUCCGGAGAGUUUGUGAAGUCAAGUGCGCCGAUAAUGGAGAGGUCUAUGCCCGCAAGGAAUUCAUAUUCCGGGCAUAUGAUAAAGAUAAAUUGGCUGAGAUGGCUCAGAAUGAAGCCUCCAUCAUCAAAAGUAUUCGGCAUCACCACAUUGUUGAAUUUUGGGGAACUCACUGUAUCGAAAAAGAACAAAUGUUUGGUCUUCUAAUCCGCCCAGUCGCCGACAAAAGCCUUGCGGAGUUUUUCAGACAGGCGGAGGAAGAACGGUACGUUGAACACUAUAAAGUCAUGUGUCAACUGCCUAUGUGCCUCUUCCAAGCUUUGGAUUAUUUACAUGAAGAGAAAAUCCGCCAUAGGGAUAUAAAGCCUAGCAAUAUCCUCAUCAAGGACAACCGCGUCUACCUGACUGAUUUCGGAGAAUCAAAAAGUUUUCGCGAUGCAGCCACAUCUAAAACACAAAGCAUGGACUGCGCACGCACUGAUCGUUAUAUGGCUCCCGAGGUCGACAACGAUGAGCGUCGUGGCAGGGCUACAGAUGUCUGGGCCUUGGGCUGUACCAUACUGGAGAUUUGCACUGUUGCAUCGGGCAACACCAUACAGCAAUUGGAUAAGCAUCUUCUGGAAGGUACUUCGCAUAAAUACUUCUUCACUUCUCCCUACUAUGUGUUGGAUUGGAUAUAUCUUCUCUUCUCAUCGCCCGGUAUAGACACCCAGGUUGGACAACACGUUCAGAAGAUACUGCAGCUGGCAUUCCUUAUGCUUGAUCCCGACGACAAGAAAAGAGUAACCAUGAAACAGCUCCUUUCUUUGCUAAACCGUCAAGAUUCGACAUACUUCCGUUCUAUCGCUUGCUUGGCUUGCGACAGAUGCCAGGGUGCAUCUAAACAGCAGAAUUAUGAUGCUCAAUUCGAUUGCACCUUUAGGACAACAAGUAGCGGAGGUGUAUAUAUACCGUCGAAAGAUGGUAUUACGUCCCAGACGCAAGAACCCUGGGAGGUAUUCAGGCAGAGGUGGUGCAGAACUCGGUAUUAAGUAGGUAG